GCCGUUUCUUUUCCUUUCUCCUCCUUCCACAAUCAUACCCUCAAAUAUAUAAAACAUCUUUUCUUCUCUUCAAAACAAAGCAACAUCUUCACUGGUUCCCAUUAUCACAAAACAAUGUUGCAGUACCAAGAACUCGCUCUUCAGAGAAGCUUCAGCUGCAACACAAGAAAGAUCAAUCCAGAGACCUCCCCGGCGCGUAGCUUCCACUCCCGCUCUCCUUCCUCCUCCUCCUUGAUCCAAACCAUCCCUGAGCAUGACCUCUUCCUCGUACCUUGUCAUAGAUGCUCCACCUCCUCCACAACUUCUUCUUCUUCCUCCUUCUUGAAAGUCAACUUGAAGCUUUCUUCCUUCUUACGUUCCAUCAUCAACCUCGUUAACCUCCCCGUUUGCAACUUCAUCUCUCUUCCUUCUCCUCCCUCUUCUUCCAACCAACUGAUCUCACUCGUCACGGGCAAAUCCUCUUCCCUCGGGAGAAGAGUCACGGGAACAUUGUACGGUCACAGAAGAGGACACGUCACGUUUUCAGUCCAGUACGGUCCGAGAACAGACCCAGUGUUGCUCUUAGACCUAGCCAUGUCAACGGCAUCUCUAGUCAAGGAGAUGUCGUCAGGGCUCGUAAGGAUCGCGUUGGAGUGCGAGAAACGUCACCGUUCGGGGACUAAGCUUUUCCACGAGCCUAAGUGGACUAUGUAUUGUAACGGGAGGAAGUGCGGCUACGCGGUGUCGCGUGACGGCGCGUGUAAUGAGUCAGAUUGGCGCGUUUUGAACACGGUGUCGAGUGUGACGGUUGGAGCGGGUGUUAUUCCGACGGUGAAGAGUAUUGAUGACGUGGCUGGUGGUGGGAAGGAGCUUGGGGAGUUGUUGUAUAUGAGAGGUAGGUUUGAACGAGUCGUGGGGAGUCGUGACUCGGAGGCGUUUUAUAUGAUGAAUCCUGACAAAAACGGAGGUCCUGAACUCAGUAUUUUUCUUCUUAGAAUAUGAAUAUGAGAGAGUUAUUUGACUUUUUUAAAAUAUUUGAAAAUGUCUUAAUUAACGUGUUAUUAUUAUUAUAUAGUGAAUGAUUGCAAUGUUGUGUCAUGAAAUAUAUAUGUAAACGAUAGUGAGAGCCUAGCUAGGAGGUAUGCUAGGUUUUUUAUUUCAUGUUCUUGUGGUGUUUUUGUUGUUGUUUUUCUACAGCAAUUUUUUUUUUUGUAUUUUGGUUUUUGUUAAAAGAGAAGAAAUGAAAGAUGUGAUAAUUAGUACA